AUGUUUAACAAUCGUUUUUAUCAAAAAACUGAUACUGACCGUAAGAGACAAGCCCGUGCGCGUGCUGGAGAUGCUUUUCUUAAUGCGUUUAUAGAUGGAGAAAAUAUUAACAUAGAUUUAUUAUCUCCAUCUCAAAAUGAUAUUUAUGAUGAACAAAAUUUUGAUGAACAACAAAAGGAUUCAAGUGGUGAUAAUACGGAUGAUGAUGAUGAUGAUCUACAGGAAUUAUUUAAUGUAUUAGACGUUAAUCGUGAAAAAAAGUUGUAUUCAUCAAGUUCAUUAUCAAUAUAUGAUGCAUGUAUGGAAAUCGUUCGAUUAAGUCAUGAUUUAAAUUUAAAUAAAUGCCAAAUUAAAUGUUUAUUAGCUGGAUUACAUAUAUUAUUAUCGAAUGAUAAUAAAUUACCACGAACUGUUCCAGGUCUAAUGAAACUAGUUGGAAUUGGUUAUUCAAAAAAAGUGAAUUAUUUUUGUCGGGAAUGUUUUUAUCCAUUAUUUACACCUCAACAAAAAGAAUGUACAACUGGAUGUUCAAUGAACAACCAACGACGUCCAUUCAAAAAUGUUAGUGAAUUGGUGAUUAACGAUGUUAAAAAAGAAAUUACAACUACAACAAAAACAUAUUUGAAUUUAAUUCGUGAAUAUCCAACUCAGUCAAGUACUCUGUUGCCAUGUGAUGUAUUAAACGGCGAAGUUUAUACGCAAUUACCAUCAAAAUUUGAUCAUCAAUUAACACUGGCUUUACAUACUGACCAGUCACAAAAAUGGGGGGCAAGUCGUUGUGGCCCAUUCAUCCUCGGCGCAUGGUUGGGUGGAACUCAUCCAAAUAGAGAUUUUUUAUGGGACAAAAUUGUUCAACAAAUUUAUGAAUUACUCCAAAGUGGUAUCAAAGUUACAACAGAUAAUGAUAAACAAUUAAAAUUUUCAAUUCGUGUACAAUAUGCCACAUUCGACUUAACAGCACUUGCACAAAAUUGUAAUAUUAUUCAAUUCAAUGGUUAUUAUACGUGCAGUGAUUGUACAAUUCAAGGUGUUGCUAUUGGUCGACAAAUAUUUUAUCCAUAUUCACCUGUAUCGUCACCACGAAAAACUGAUCAUGAUUAUUUAACAUUAUCAACACAAAAUUUACCAGCUGCAAGAGCAAUGGGAAUCAAGGGACCAACCCCAUUAACAAAACUUUUAUUAUUCCCAGAUCAAGUUGCAAAACAUUAUAUGCAUCUUGUAUGUAGUGGUCACUUUAAAACAUUGAUUACUUAUUGGGAACGUAUUUUAUUACCGGGUGUAUUUGAUCA